AUGAGCGGUAUCGUAGCAGUAGAGAAUUGUGAGAGUAUGGAAGACAUUUUGGCGAGACACCGCAAGGAAAUCAAAGAUCUACAGAACAGGAUAACCGGUAUGAAAAAGCAGGCCACUAAAUCCAAAAGAAAAGAAGUUAACUCGAAAUGCUCAGAUCUUCAGGAUAAAUUGAAGAUUAAACAGGAGAACGAAAUCGAAGAUUGGAAAAUUGCUAAUAAUCAAGCGCCCAGUUCUGAACAAGACGAUGAAGUGUCACCGGAGGAAUUAUUGGAACAACUUUCCAUAUCGCAAGAAGAUGAACAGAAUCAAAAGGACGCUCUCGCCCAACAACAACAACAACAACAAGCCCAGCCAAAGAAGCGUCGCAACAGGCAGAAGGAAAGAUUGGCCAGGAGGGAUGCCGCAAUUGUUAAAAUAAAAGAAGAAGCGGCUAUGGAAGCGUCCAAACAACCUGACCUGAAAAAAAUAGAACAAGAAUCUAUAGAUCAAUUAUGCGAAUUGUUUAAACUUAAACAAGUCGACAUACAACCUGAUGGUCAUUGUCUAUUUGCAUCUAUAUUAGAUCAGUUGAAAUUGCGCCAUGAUCCAGAGGAACUAUAUUCAGACUUGAAUGUCAUGAAACUAAGAUCGUUGAGUUGCAAUUAUGUGCAGGAACAUAAGGACGAUUUCGUUCCGUAUUUGCUCGAUGAGCAAACUAUGCAAAUGAAAGAUAUCGAUGAAUAUACCAAGGAGAUGGAACAUACAGCACAAUGGGGUGGCGAGAUUGAGAUUUUGGCCCUAUCCCGCGUUUUCGAUUGUCCAAUCAGCAUUUUAAUGAGUGGAAGGCCUGUUCAGAUCUAUAAUGAGGAGGGCAAAAAGGCUGAACUGAAGCUGGUGUAUUACAAACAUACUUAUUCAUUAGGCGAGCACUACAAUUCAUUGCAUGAUUCCUGA